AUGUCGACAUACAAACUCUAUUAUUUUAAUGGUCGUGGUCGCGCUGAAAUAUCUCGUUUAAUAUUUGCAGCUGCUGGUCAAAAAUAUGAAGAUGUUCGUUUUGAACGAGAGCAAUGGCCAGGACAUAAAAGUGAAAUGCCGUUGGGCCAAGUGCCUGUUCUUGAAGUUGAUGGAACAAAAUUACCACAAUCAACAUCAAUGGCACGUUUUCUAGCUAAACAAUUUCAACUAGCUGGUAAAGAUAAUUUUGAACAAGCUAAAGUCGAUGCUGUCGUUGAUACAAUUAAUGAUGCAAUAACAAAGUUUUUACCAAGUCGUAUGGAACAAGAUGAAGCGAAAAAACAAGAACUUAUGAAUAAGUUUUUCGCUGAUGAGUUACCUGCACAUCUGCAACAACUUGAAGUUUUAGGAAAAUUAUAUGGUAAUGGUGGUGCAUUCUUUGUUGGUAAUCAGUUAACAUGGGCCGAUUUAUAUUUAUUUGAAAUGACAAACAAUCUACUUCAAGCAAAUGGAAAUUGUCUCGAUAAACAUGCAUGGUUAAAACAAAAUCGUGCCGAAGUCGAAAAACAACCAAAGAUUGCAGAAUAUAUCAAAAAUAGACCACAAACACCGUUUUAA